ACUAGCUCCUUCGACUGUCCAAUGCACUUGUGUUGAGGACCAAGGACUUAUUCCUUCCAUCGUCCAAGACACUUUGUGUUGAGGAGCAAGGACUUGUUCCUUCCAUCGUCCAAGACACUUUUUAUAGAGGCUGCUUACAUAGUUGGGAGACUCGGGAUUUUAAACAAUAAACUAAUUUGAGAGGUUUACUGCCCUCCCUUUUUUUUGGUUGACUUUUUUUUUGUUGCAGGCAUGGCUGGAACAAGUUCUGAUGAUAAAGUGUGUUCUGACAUGCAUGAAAUUGUUGAGUUUAAAAAUCAAGGCAAAAGUUAUCUGUGUUUCAAAGAUACUAAUGUGAAGUACCAUGCCCAGACCAGCGUACGAGGUGAACUUAAAGUUAGUGUCCAUAAGCCAACGAUAGAUCCUUCCCCCGACCUUCUGAAGCCAUUGUCGGAGUUGCAUAUGUCCACCAUUAGUUAUUGUCAUGAGAGUUUGGAUACUGGCAAGUCCAAUCGCUCUAGCAGUCAUCUUUCCUUUUUGUAUCUUUCCCUCAUCAUUCCCAGAGCAUGGAGUACAUUCCAAGGGCUGUGAUUUAUGAGAGAAUUGAUAAUAGAGAAAUACGAUGGGGAAGCGCACUGGUCAGUCGAGGAGAGAUUUCUUUUCUUCCAAAAUUUUAGGAGUGGUCUUUGUGGGUCCAGAAACUUCUGCUCAAGAGGAAUAUCCAAGAGUUAGCUUUUGCAGUCGGUUCUGUUGCAAAAGAUUACCAUCGUCCAAACUCCAUUUACAGAGCUCUUUGUGAGGUUUGGUGUCCAGAAACCAACACUUUUGUGACUGCCAAUGGUGAAAUUGGCAUUUCUCUUUAGGACAUUCGCGAGAUAAGUGGAUUUUCAAUCACGGGUCAUUAUUAUGAGGAAGUAGUCCCAAACCUUUCAGAGUUGACGGAUCAUCUUCUCAAGUCUUAUUUGUAUCUCUUUAAUGUUUUUACAUUGAUUGCCCACGUGAAUGAAUCUGAUAGAGUUACUCAUGAACAAUGGAUUAAUUUUUGGUUUCAUGAGAAUGGUUGUGUCCCAAACCCUCGACAACACAAAAAUUAUAAGAAUGCUAUGAAUUUAAAUCCAUUCAAAAGGCGCCAUCAAAGAACAUCGAAGGAAAUACGGAGGCUCGUGGUGGCAGACAAGCCGAGAGACAUUACUCGUAGGGAUCGACGUCAAUGUGGCAAUUUUCCAGUAUCUCUGUCUAUGGAAGAAGAAGAGGAAUUAGAGAUAGCAGCCUAUCUCUCCCUAUGGCUUUAUCACUUCGUUCUUCCGUUUGGGGACGAAAGUAUAAGAGGCGGGACUUUUAAAGCAUCUUCUAAGAUGGCAGGCGGAUACACUUAUAGUCUAGUUCCACCCAUAUUAGCGAGCAUUUAUAGUGGACUUACACGAACAUCUAACUAUCAGGCAAAUCUAGACCUUGGCUCAAUAUCACAUUCAUUUCCUGGACAUUUUCUUUAUACUUGGGCAGUAACUUAUUUUGUCCGAGAUGUUUAUGCUCAUGUAGACAAAAGUUAUUCUCACCAUAUAAUUCAAAGAUAUGCCGGAACUCUGAAUGCUUUUCAAUCUUGGGAGAAAAAUGUCAUUGAUUGUCGGGAAUUUAUCCGUGGAGCGAUGAAUUCCGAUAACUUUUGCUGGAAUCCAUUACCCUCAUCGUCUCAUCCUUAUGUACGUGUGGACGACCAACCGAGGUCUACAGAUACUUCAGAAUUCAUGAUGAGUAUUCGAUCUGGAUUUGUUUCUUAUCAUUGAGGAAAUUCACCUUUCAUUCUUGAGGCGUAUAAUCCUCACAGGUUUGCGAGACAGAUUGGCUUUAGACAGAAACUUCCUGGUUCACCAAGAAAGUUGAAUAUUUCCCCCAGUGUAGGCGACAUGUAUCGGGUUUGGUUGUCCUUAACUCCAAUAAAAAGUGGGUCUGUAUUUCGUAUUCCAGAGCAUGUGAACGAUAUGCAUCAAAACAUUGAUGUUGAAUACCAGGCUUGGUGGAAUAGCAAAGUGUUACCACUCAUGACCAAGGUCCAGGUGCAAGUCUUAUUUUCUAGUGAGAGCCGUGACUUUGUUUUUGGCUCGACUCCGAACAGGGUUUUAGCUAGAGGGUUAAACCCUCCAAAUGCUGCUCCUGAAGAGGCUUCUCGAAAGAGAGAUCUAAACCAGCAAAAUGAAAGAGGUAUUAAGAGAAUCAAAAAUAUAGUUCCCUCGGCAAAGGUUGGUGCCACCUCUGAGCAUGCUGAUAAGGCGCCAGAAGCAAUUUUGAUUCCAGAUCAUAGUAGUAUUGGAGAUCGAGCAUCACAAGCACCAGGAGAGACUGUGACUCCAGAAGAUGAAAAUUCUGGAGAUCAGGUAUAGUUCUCCCUUUUUUAUUUUUUAUUUUAUGUACUGUUUGUAUUUCAUUUUCUGUCACAAUCUUCAAUUUCAGGCUCCUCUUUCUGGAAUAUACAAAAUCAAAUGACUAAUAGAACUGAGGCCGCUUCAAGCUAUUCCGAGUCUUUCAAAAGGUGAAGUUGGAGCUUCUCACAUUAACCUCAGCCUCCCAAACACAUCAUCAGAUGGUGGAUUUUUAAACAUGUCGCCUAGGACACGAAAUGCAGGUUUUCCGAGCAUCCCUGAAGAACUAAAUUUCUCCAUGAAUCCAAACUUUUUGCAAGAUCAGACUGGCGAGAAUGACG